CCCCUCCCCUUCCCCCCUUGGAGUUUCCCUCCCUCCCUCCCUCCUUCCCAGUCUGGGCACUCAGUCCUGUGACCGCUUCGUGAGCGCAAAGGAGGUUGCCAGUCCGCUCUUGCGGGCCUGUGCCCGCGCCGUUCCGGGGCCUCCGUGCUGGGUGCGAGGCUCACGCCGGGAGCGACGCGCAGGCUGAGCGGCUGGAGCUUUUGCGGUUUUGUAGUGCAUCCCUGAGCAUGAGUGCAGAAUGAAGCGACGUUUGGAUGACCAGGAGUCACCGGUGUAUGCAGCCCAGCAGCGAAGGAUUCCUGGAAGCACAGAGGCUUUUCCUCACCAGCACCGGGUGCUUGCCCCCGCCCCUCCUGUGUAUGAAGCAGUGUCUGAAACCAUGCAGUCAGCUACAGGAAUUCAAUACUCAGUGACACCUAACUACCAGGUUUCAGCUGUGCCACAAAGUUCUGGCAGUCAUGGGCCCGCCAUAGCAGCAGUUCAUAGCAGUCAUCAUCACCCAACAGCUGUCCAGCCUCAUGGAGGCCAGGUGGUCCAGAGCCAUGCCCAUCCAGCCCCACCAGUUGCACCAGUGCAAGGACAGCAGCAGUUUCAGAGGCUAAAGGUGGAGGAUGCCCUGUCCUAUCUUGACCAGGUGAAGCUGCAGUUUGGUAGUCAGCCUCAGGUCUACAAUGAUUUCCUUGAUAUCAUGAAGGAAUUUAAAUCGCAGAGCAUUGAUACUCCAGGCGUGAUUAGCCGUGUAUCCCAGUUAUUUAAAGGCCACCCUGAUCUGAUUAUGGGCUUCAAUACCUUCUUGCCUCCUGGCUACAAAAUUGAGGUGCAGACUAAUGAUAUGGUGAACGUGACAACUCCUGGGCAGGUUCAUCAGAUCCCCACCCAUGGCAUCCAGCCCCAGCCUCAGCCACCACCUCCACAUCCUUCCCAACCUUCAGCCCAGUCAGCUCCAGCUCCUGCUCAGCCAGCUCCUCAGCCCACACCUGCCAAAGUCAGCAAGCCUUCCCAACUACAAGCACAUACUCCAGCCAGUCAGCAGACUCCCCCACUCCCACCAUAUGCAUCCCCACGUUCUCCACCGGUCCAGCCUCACACACCAGUGACAAUCUCCUUGGGAACGGCCCCAUCUUUGCAGAACAAUCAACCUGUGGAGUUUAAUCAUGCCAUCAACUAUGUUAAUAAGAUCAAGAACAGAUUCCAGGGCCAACCAGACAUCUACAAAGCAUUUUUGGAGAUUUUACACACAUACCAGAAAGAACAGCGGAAUGCCAAGGAAGCUGGAGGAAACUAUACUCCAGCUUUGACUGAGCAGGAAGUGUAUGCCCAGGUGGCUCGUCUCUUCAAAAACCAGGAGGAUCUGUUAUCUGAGUUUGGACAGUUCUUGCCGGACGCCAACAGCUCGGUGCUUUUAAGCAAAACAACUGCUGAGAAGGUUGAUUCUGUGAGAAAUGAUCAUGGAGGCACUGUGAAGAAGCCCCAACUGAACAACAAGCCACAGAGGCCCAGCCAGAAUGGUUGCCAGAUCCGCAGACACUCUGGAACGGGAGCCACACCACCAGUGAAGAAAAAACCCAAACUGCUUAGUCUAAAGGAGUCUUCAAUGGCAGAUGCCAGCAAGCAUGGUGUUGGGACUGAGUCGUUAUUUUUUGAUAAGGUCCGAAAGGCUCUUCGGAGUGCGGAGGCCUAUGAAAACUUUCUGCGCUGUCUUGUUAUCUUUAACCAGGAGGUGAUCUCUCGGGCUGAGCUUGUACAACUAGUCUCUCCUUUUCUGGGGAAAUUUCCUGAAUUGUUUAAUUGGUUUAAAAACUUCCUGGGUUAUAAGGAGUCUGUACAUCUGGAAAGCUUUCCAAAGGAACGAGCUACAGAAGGCAUUGCCAUGGAGAUAGACUAUGCUUCUUGUAAACGACUGGGCUCUAGCUACCGAGCCCUACCAAAAAGUUACCAGCAGCCCAAGUGUACAGGACGGACUCCUCUGUGUAAAGAGGUUUUAAAUGAUACCUGGGUUUCCUUCCCAUCAUGGUCUGAAGACUCCACUUUUGUUAGUUCCAAGAAGACUCAGUAUGAAGAACAUAUUUAUCGUUGUGAAGAUGAACGAUUUGAGCUUGAUGUAGUUUUAGAGACCAAUCUGGCAACAAUCCGGGUUCUGGAAGCAAUACAGAAAAAACUUUCCCGCUUGUCUGCUGAGGAACAAGCCAAAUUUCGCUUGGAUAACACCCUUGGAGGCACAUCAGAAGUUAUUCAUCGAAAAGCACUCCAGAGGAUAUAUGCUGAUAAAGCAGCUGAUAUCAUCGAUGGUCUGCGGAAGAAUCCCUCCAUUGCUGUUCCAAUUGUCCUCAAAAGGUUGAAGAUGAAAGAGGAAGAAUGGCGAGAAGCUCAGAGAGGCUUUAACAAGGUGUGGCGGGAGCAAAAUGAGAAGUACUACUUAAAGUCUUUGGAUCACCAGGGCAUCAACUUCAAACAGAAUGACACCAAGGUCCUGAGGUCUAAGAGCUUACUCAAUGAGAUUGAAAGCAUCUAUGACGAGAGACAAGAACAGGCUACAGAAGAGAAUUCUGGUGUACCUGUUGGCCCACACCUCUCACUUGCCUAUGAAGACAAACAGAUCCUAGAAGAUGCUGCUGCUCUGAUUAUCCAUCAUGUGAAGAGGCAAACAGGCAUUCAAAAAGAGGACAAGUACAAAAUCAAACAAAUCAUGCAUCAUUUCAUUCCUGAUCUACUGUUUGCUCAGAGAGGUGAUCUCUCAGAUGUGGAAGAAGAAGAGGAGGAAGAAAUGGAUGUGGACGAAGCCACAGGGGCACCUAAGAAGCACAAUGGUGUCGGGGGUAGUCCCCCUAAGUCCAAGUUGUUAUUUAGUAACACAGCAGCUCAAAAGUUACGAGGGAUGGAUGAAGUAUAUAACCUCUUCUAUGUCAAUAACAACUGGUAUAUAUUUAUGCGACUGCAUCAGAUUCUCUGCUUGAGGCUGCUACGGAUUUGUUCCCAAGCUGAGCGGCAAAUUGAAGAGGAAAACCGCGAGAGAGAGUGGGAACGGGAGGUGCUAGGCAUAAAGCGAGACAAGAGUGAUAGCCCUGCCAUACAGCUACGUCUCAAAGAGCCUAUGGAUGUUGAUGUAGAAGAUUAUUACCCAGCUUUCCUGGACAUGGUGCGGAGCCUGCUUGAUGGCAACAUAGACUCAUCACAGUAUGAAGAUUCAUUGAGAGAGAUGUUCACCAUUCACGCCUACAUUGCCUUUACUAUGGACAAACUAAUCCAGAGCAUCGUCAGACAGCUGCAGCACAUCGUCAGCGAUGAGGUCUGUGUGCAGGUUACUGACCUGUACUUGGCAGAAAACAAUAACGGAGCCACCGGAGGCCAGCUGAACACUCAGACGUCAAGGAGCCUUCUGGAGUCCACGUACCAGCGGAAAGCAGAGCAGCUUAUGUCAGAUGAGAACUGCUUUAAGCUAAUGUUCAUUCAAAGUCAAGGCCAGGUUCAGCUGACCAUUGAGCUUCUGGACACAGAAGAGGAGAACUCAGAUGACCCUGUGGAAGCAGAGCGUUGGUCAGACUAUGUGGAACGAUAUAUGAGUUCUGAUACUACAUCUCCUGAACUUCGAGAACAUCUGGCACAGAAACCAGUAUUUCUCCCAAGAAAUUUGCGGCGUAUCCGAAAGUGUCAGCGUGGUCGAGAGCAACAGGAGAAAGAAGGGAAGGAAGGAAACAGCAAGAAGACCAUGGAGAACGUAGAGAGCCUGGAUAAGCUGGAGUGUAGGUUCAAGCUGAACUCCUAUAAAAUGGUCUAUGUGAUCAAGUCGGAGGACUACAUGUACCGGAGAACCGCUUUACUCAGAGCUCAUCAGUCCCAUGAACGAGUAAGCAAGCGUCUCCAUCAGCGGUUCCAGGCCUGGGUAGAUAAAUGGACCAAGGAGCAUGUGCCUCGUGAAAUGGCAGCAGAGACCAGCAAGUGGCUAAUGGGUGAGGGGCUAGAGGGCCUGGUGCCCUGCACCACCACCUGUGACACAGAGACUCUGCACUUCGUGAGCAUUAACAAGUAUCGUGUCAAGUACGGCACAGUAUUCAAAGCCCCUUAACUGCAGAGCCAGAGCAGGUAGCUCAGAGGUGUGUGUCUGCGUGUGUGCGCGCCUGUGUGUGUGUGUGUGCCUGUGUGUGUGUGUGUGUCUGUGUGGGCAUGUGUACUCACACACCAAGAAUCAAGGAAGAUGCCAUUCAAGCCACCAGCGCGACCUGGCACCAAGCAGGAUACACACGAGGAAUGUGGACGGAUACCUUAGAGAGCUGGAACUGGCACUUCCCAAGGGUACUAGCCUGCCCAACAGGGAAUGAAGUCCAUGCAAGCAGAGAGACAGGCAGCUUGCUUGCACACACCAGCAGAGAUCAAACUAGAACUUGUAUGACCUGACCUUAGAUGAGCAACCAGAUGCUGUCACCUUUGGACGGAUGGAGGUGCAUUUACAAAACAGUUGGACUGUAACUGGUGGUCACUGCUCCUCUCCCUUCCCCUAAAAGGCAUCGAUCGUGAAGACUGGAUUUGACGACAUCCCCACUUAACCAUAUCUAAGAUCCUGUUAGAUUUUAUCUGAGGCCUGCUGUUUGACUUUGGGAUUGAUACGUUGUGGAUUUGGUUUCUGAGUCCUCGCAGCCCACCUUCCUCCCUCUGCUGAUUCUCAGCCUCAACAAAUUCCAGUCCGUCCUCCUUUUUAGCUCCUGUGGGACUGUUUUGUACCUGCUUCUUUACUAGUCUACCCUAGUGCCAUCCACCAGCUUUACUCACAGACAGACAGACACACACACACACACACACACACACACAGUUUUAACUUGGAUUUUCUUUUUUGUAAAUAAUGUACAUACUGUCAAUUUUUUAUUAAAGGAAAUAUGCUUUGAUGUGCUAGCAUAAGUGCUCUAGCUUCUUGUGUACCAUAGUACUAUGUGGCUUCAGAUUUAGUACCUAUAAAGAGAUGUACAAGACAUUUAUUACACUUUUUACCAAAGGGAGAUACCAUUGUAGUACUUUUGUGUAAAACUUGCUGCCCCCCCCCAACUUUUUUUUAAAAAAUGUAAAUAAAGCUUGGUUCCUAAGGAAAUAAGUAACCCAAGUCCCUUGUCCUCACCAGAGAGCUAUUGUAAAGUAGCUGUAAAAAGUUUCUUUUCCAGGUUACAAAUAUGGUGUUGCUUUAAAUAAAUAGGUACUUGCACUUGUCAUAUCAACAUAUAUCAAAAGAUGGCUCCAUACAAGCCACACAAGCCUGCCCACCUGAGUUUGAUCUCUGAAUCCCACAGUGGAAGGAAUGACUACCAAAGUGGUCCUUUGGCCUCCACAAGUGACCUCUGGUACAUGAGUGCCUGAAUUCCUGUGCACUCAUGCACAGGUACACCCAGGUCUUUUGUUCUCCCCUCAGAUUUUUAAUUUUCCUUACUGGGAAUGAGGCAACAAUUCAAGAUACCAAGCUGAAGUAAUUGUCAAGUGUCUAGUUGGAAGUUGGAAGGGAAUGAAUUUGAUAUAUUGCUUAGCAACAGCAAAUGACAUAAGACUUGUAAAAAUAUAAUAACACAAGCCUUUAAUCUCAGCACUCAGAGGUAGAAGCAAACAGGUCUCUGUGAGUUCAAGGACAGCUUGGUCUACAUAAUUCCAGAAUUGCCAGGGCUACAGAGAGACCCUGUCUCAAAAAAUGAAAUUUAAAAAAAUUGACAUUUAUUUGUGUGUGUACUCUUGCAUGUGUGUGCAUACGCACCAAGGUGCAAGUGUGGAAGUCAGUUCUAGGGAUCGGACUCAGGUUGUCAGGCUUGGUUAUCAGUGUAUUUAUCUGUGCUAUUUAUUACCUUCACCCAUCUAACUAGCCCCCACUUUUUAAAAGUUACAUCAAUUCAAACAUGAACAUUAGGGAUCUUCAAAUAUGGUUGGCCUGGACUUGCUGAACAACAAAAUAGCCCUCAUAGUUAUAAUUGGUAUCAUGUUAUUUUCCAAUUAAAAAUCCCUGGUUACCUUGGCCAAAAAGAUGGCUCAGCUGGUUAAGGUUCUUGCCACUAAGCCUGAAGACCUAAGUUUGAGCCCUGGACCCCACAUGGUGAAAGGAGGGAACUGUAUCGUCGCCCCCUCCCCAAUAAAAUACAAUUUUUUUUUAAUCUCUUAACACCACCAUAAAGAAAAUUGACUCCUGGGUUUUCAAAAUACAAAGUGAGCUUUUUAUUCAUCUGACACAGGGUCACACAUAGCCCAGGCUACUUCAAAGCUCGUGACUCACAGGUAACUUUGGUCAAGAUUUCACAUAGAAAGUUUUAUUUAAAUGACAUUUGCUGGUCCAUUUUCCUUCGGAACAGGGUUUCUCUUUGUACAGUCCUGGCUGUCCUGGAACUCAGUGAUCUAUCUGUCCCCGCCUCUGUCCCCCACCCCCACUCCCCCAGUGCCGGGAUUAAAGGUGUGCGCCAACCACUUGGUCAUUUUUCUAAGGAACCUGAAUUUGAAAUGCAAACUCAGUUAAUCCCAUUAAAACCGGCUAGUUAGGUUUUUCCUAGUGGUUUUACACGUACUCCGGCAAACGUUAAAGCUGGAGGUCGGCUUUUGGCAUUAAAGCUUCCUGGCACUUGUUGACCUACUGCAUCAGGUCAAAAAUCCAGACAUUUUGGUGAUGAGCAACAGUGAUGUAUAUAAUAUAUGUAAUGGAGGGUUACUGGGGUGUAAAGCCCCUUUUCCCUAUCUCUUGAUGCACUGCCGAUUAGUUUGAACACAUACCCGAGACUGCCAGCCUUGCGCUUUUCAUAUUGUGCAGGUACUAGUGCUCAUGUAAGUGUAGCGACUGGAAAGCAAAUUAACUCUUGCUUGGCCCUAAAUCUUUUCCAGGACCUUCCAGAGGUUCCAUCCAUAUUCCCCACCCUUCUGAGUCUUAAGUAGCCCAGGCUGUCCUCAAAUGGCUAUGUUGCUGCGGAUAUCCUUCAAUUUACACUCCCCGCCUCCACGCACCCAGGGCUUCGUGCAUCCUAGGCAAGCACUCUCCGUACCGAACCACAUCACCAGGUCAAACCUGCCAUUUUAUUUAAGGAUAAUUUACCCAGCUGUCAGCUGGGAUGAGAUGAAAACCGCAGCUUCCGGGUCUUACCAGGAUGGUUCCCCAAAGUCAGCAUCUUGCAAAAGCCGCUGGUGUCCCAAGAAAAGCUGCUCGGGUUAGGAAUGCGCUGGUCGAAAGCCGGAACCUUUGGUUCCAGGCAGUGCAGCGAGCCGGCAGCACCAAGGAUCUUCCGGGGAGAGAAGUAGGUGCAUCGCCAUGGCCGCAGCGCCGUUCUUGAAGCAUUGGCGGACUACUUUUGAGCGGGUGGAGAAGUUCGUGUCUCCGAUCUACUUCACCGACUGUAACCUCCGCGGCAGGCUCUUCGGGGACAGCUGCCCGGUGACACUGUCUAGCUUCCUAACGCGGGAGAGGCUUCCCUAUGAGGAGGCGGUGCAGAAGAACUUCAGCCCUGCGCAGGUCGGCGACAGCUUCGGACCCACGUGGGUAACACCCAGCUUGGAGAAGCCCCGCCCCUCUCAUUCCUCCUCACCAAAGCCACGCCUCAUUGUCUUGGGCCCUAGACUGCUGUAUGGCAGAGAGUAGCGCCCUCUGCUGGGAGAAUCGCCUUCCUCCUUUGAUGUCUUCACCUGAGUAUUUUCAUCCCUGCCGCCUCUGUCCGUUUCCCUCUUUAGGUGGUGGACCUGCUGGUUCCGGGUAGAACUGGUCAUCCCCAAAGCAUGGGUGGGCCAGGAAGUCCAUCUUUGCUGGGAAAGUGAUGGAGAAAGCCUUGUCUGGCGUGAUGGAGAAACCUGUCCAGGGUUUGACCAAAGAGGGUGAAAAGACCAGUUAUGUCCUGACCAAUAAGCUCGGAGAAGGAGACCCCCGGAGGUGAGCGAGGCCCCGGGGACUAAUAGACCGGGAAGAGCGGAGGCCUGAGUGACCUCGGAAGUACCUCCCAGCACAUCUACCCUCACAUACUUUGGUUAUAGGAAGCUUGAUUUUUUUCCCUGAAUAUAAAACCAUUUACUGUCUAAGGCUAGAGACAGGGCUCAACAGUUAGAAGCACUUACUACUCUUCUAGAGGACCUGAGUUUGGUUCUCAGCAUCCACAUCGGGCAGCUCACAACUGCUUAUAGCUCCAGCUGAAUUCUGAGAGUACCUGCAUGCAUGUGGCAUUCAUUUACACAGACACAUAUACAUAAAUUAAAUCUUAAAAUAGUAUUUCCUUUCUUGUGGCACAUAUAAAAGAACACAAAGAAAUAAAUCACUCCUGUUAUCCUUCCACGCUGGGAUGGCCAUUCUUCACAUCUCAUCAUUCAUAGUCUCAAAAUUUCUGUUAGUAAAAACUCUGUUUACCAGUUGAGAAUCUACCUCUUUGAUAGUUUGCACUCAGACCUUUUACAUUCCAUUUUUUUUUUUUCAUAUUGAGAGGGCAUCUGUGAUGCCAUAAAAAAAUAAGACAUUAUUGGUUUGGUUGGGUUUUUUGUGGUUUUGUUGUUGUUGUUUGUUUGUGUUUGUUUUUGUUUUUUGAGACAGGGUUUCUCUGUAGUUUUGGUGCCUAUCCUGGAUCUCGCUCUGAAGACCAGGCUGGCCUCGAACUCACAGAGAUCCGCCUGGCUAUACCUCCUGAGUGCUGGGAUUAAAGGCAUGCAUCACCAGGCCCAGCAUUGUUUUUUUGUUUUGAGACAGGGUCCCACUGUAUAGUCCUGGCUGUCCUGGAACUCACUGUGUAGACCAGGUUGGCCUUGAACUCAUAUAGAUCUACAUGCUUCUUGCCUCCCAAUGCUGAGAUUAAAAUUGGAUGCCACCAUG